AUAAGGUCUUCUAAGAAAAUUCCACAAUUUGAAACUUCCUCACACCUUCCUCAAACCAAAACUAGUAUUACCUAUUUAUGACAUCACUUUUAUGCUUACACGAUAGCUACUCAGAUAUAUAAGUGUGUACUCUAUUUCUUGUUUGAUGGAAAUACCUUUCUAGAGUACUCAUCAGACCCAGUUACAUGCGAUUAUGAUCGAACUUCAAGAAUCCAGACCAUGAAAAAGCUAUGUUUGAAGUUAGAGAACAUUAAAAGUAAUGUCAUUCACGGUAGCAAAACUACCAAAAAUGCUACAAAACAUAAAUCUUUCCAAAUGUGUCAUAAUGGUGGACAACAAUUUUGUCUACCAAAAUUUUUUUAUGUCGUUUCGAAUUUUUGUCCACCAAAAAUCUGUUGUUUCAAAAGUGGACAAGUUUUUUUCAUCCCAUUUUUUCGUUUCAAAAGUAAUCUUUAUUAAUUACAUCCCAAUUUUUUCGUAUGUAAUGCGGCAGGUGAUUACAAUUCUUACAUAUAAGCGAUAAGAAGAAUUGAAGACGAAAAUUGGAAGGAGGAGCUGAUGGGAAACUUAAAAAAAUCUACACGCAGUGACGAGUUAAGCCGUUCUGGUCCCCCUCAAAUUCCAAAUCCUGACUGGAACAAUUUGUAUCACCGAACCACAGUGGCCUCAUGUUUGGUGCAAGGAGUUUACGCAAAGGAAAGAGACAGGGAAAACAACCGAAAUGGUUCCGAGUCAUUAGCCACACCUUGGUGGAAGAGUUUCAACUUCACUUUAGAUGAAAGUGAAAUCCUAUAUGACGCAUUUGACGGCUCCAUAUACGGUGCUGUCUUCCAAAACAUGAUCAAUUAUGAGAAUACCCCGAACUCGAUAGUAGUACCUCCGCGUUACGUGAUUGCGUUACGGGGAACUGUCCCAAGUGAUGUGAGUGAUUGGAUACAUAACAGCCGUAUUGUACUCGAGAAACUCCAUGGCGGGGGUAAGCAUAUGCAUGUCAUUAGAAAAAUCUAUUCUUUGGUGGCCAAACACGGAAACACAGCUGUCUGGAUCGCUGGACACUCUUUAGGAGCUGGCCUGGCACUACUCGCGGGAAAGGACAUGGCCAUGUCUGGACUCCCUGUUGAGGCUUACAUCUUCAACCCACCUAUCUCCUUGAUUCCUCUAGAGCAGUGCGGUUACAAUCACGAACUUAAUUUUGUGUAUCGACUCACCAGGGAUCUCUUCAAAGCUGGCAUAGCCAAAGUCGUAGACCUUGAUGAGGGUCAAGAGGGUCCACGAUAUAAGAACUUAGCUUCUUGGAGACCUCAUUUGUUUGUGAACCAAUCUGAUGUAAUAUGCUCAGAAUAUAUUGGUUAUUUCAAUCACGUAGUCACUAUGACGGAGGCGGGACUCGGUGAGAUUUCGAGGUUGGCUAGUGGAUACUCAGUUAGGCGUAUGUUAUUCGGAGACGGAGAAAAUUGGUCCUCGUCUUCUACACCAGAUCAUCUUCAUUUUCUUCCGUCGGCCUUUAUGAUUGUAAACAAGACUGAAGCGUCGGAGUUUUAUAAUAAACAUGGGAUUCAUCAAUGGUGGAAUCAUAUGCUUAAACAAUCUACAACGUUUAGUUCAUACUAGUUUCAUUCAUGGGUGUUAUUUAGUAAACCUCGAUGCCUUUCUCAUUACAUUACUUACAGUAUAUAUACACAUGUAUAAGAAUGUUCUCCAAGUAAUAUCAAUACAUAUAAGGGAAGUGAAUAUUACGUAUUCUCUUGUCUAUCAAUGGGUUUCAACGCUUCAGUCUCUUUUCUUUCUUGUCAACUGAAUAAUUUGUUAAACUGUAUAUCUUCAAAUGUUUUUUUUUUUAUAAUAAAAAUAUGUUCAAAAACUCA